AGCCGCGGCCCCAGCGGCCGGAGGGGCGCCAGGAGCCUCCCACGGGGCGCGGAGGCCGGGCGGGCCCGGGCCAUGCGCGCCGCUCGCUGAGGCCGAGGGAGGCCGCGAUGGAGGUGCCGGCGGGGGAGUCCCCGGCUCGGGGCUGCGGCCCCCCGCCCGCUCCCGCUCCGGAGAGGAAGAAGAGCCACCGCGCGCCGUCGCCGGCCCGGCCCAAGGACGUGGCCGGCUGGUCGCUGGCCAAGGGCCGCCGCGGCCCAGGCCCGGGCGCAGCCGCCGCCUGCAGCGCCGCGUCCUCGGCGCGGCCCGACAAGAAGGGGCGUGCGGUGGCGUCCGGGGCGCGGGGCUCAGGGACCCGGGUGGCCGGUGUCCGCACCGGGGUCCGCGCCAAGGGCCGUCCGCGUCCGGGGACCGGGCCGCGACCGCCGCCACCGCCGCCCAGCCUCACCGACAGCAGCUCGGAGGUGUCGGACUGCGCGUCGGAGGAGGCGCGCCUGCUGGGCCUGGAGCUGGCGCUGAGCAGCGACGCCGAGUCAGCGGCCGGGGGCCCGGGGGGCGCCCGCACCGGGCAGCCGUCCCAGCCCGCGCCGUCCGCACAACAGCCUCCGCGGCCCCCCGCCUCCCCCGAGGAGCCGUCGGUGGCCGCGUCGUCGGUGGGGAGCAGCCGCCUGCCACUCAGUGCCUCGCUCGCCUUCUCCGACCUCACCGAGGAGAUGCUGGACUGCGGGCCCGGCGGCUUCGUGCGAGAGCUGGAGGAGCUGCGCUCAGAAAACGACUAUCUCAAGGACGAGAUUGAGGAGCUGCGGGCAGAGAUGCUGGAGAUGCGGGACGUCUAUAUGGAGGAGGACGUGUAUCAGCUGCAGGAGCUGCGGCAGCAGCUGGACCAGGCCAGCAAGACCUGUCGCAUCCUGCAGUACCGGCUGCGCAAGGCUGAGCGCCGCAGCCUCCGCGCUGCCCAGACUGGCCAGGUGGACGGCGAGCUCAUCCGUGGCCUGGAGCAGGACGUCAAGGUCUCUAAGGACAUCUCCGUGCGGCUGCAUAAAGAGCUCGAGGCGGUGGAGAAGAAACGGGCGAGGCUGGAGGAGGAGAAUGAGGAGCUUCGGCAGCGGCUCAUUGAGACCGAGCUGGCCAAGCAGGUGCUGCAGACGGAGCUGGAGCGGCCGAGAGAGCAUUCCUUGAAGAAAAGAGGAACCCGCUCCCUUGGGAAGACGGACAAGAAACCUUCCAUGCAGGAGGACAGUGCUGACCUGAAGUGCCAGCUGCACUUUGCAAAGGAGGAGUCAGCCCUCAUGUGCAAGAAGCUCACCAAGCUGGCCAAGGAGAAUGACAGCAUGAAGGAGGAGCUGCUCAAGUACCGCUCACUCUACGGGGACCUGGAUGGCGCCCUGUCGGCCGAGGAGCUGGCGGAUGCACCCCACUCGCGGGAGACGGAGCUCAAGGUUCAUCUGAAGCUGGUGGAGGAGGAAGCCAACCUGCUGAGCCGCCGCAUCGUGGAGCUGGAGGUGGAAAACCGCGGCCUGCGGGCCGAGAUGGACGACAUGAAGGAUCACGGCGGCGGCUGCGGGGGCCCCGAGGCCCGCCUGGCUUUCUCCGCUCUGGGCGGCGGCGGCGAGUGCGGGGAGAGCUUGGCGGAGCUGCGGCGACACCUGCAGUUCGUGGAGGAGGAGGCCGAGCUGCUCCGGCGCUCCUCAGCCGAGCUGGAGGACCAGAACAAGCUGCUGCUGAGCGAGCUGGCCAAGUACCGCUCGGAGCACGAGCUGGACGUGACGCUGUCGGAGGACAGCUGCUCCGUGCUCAGCGAGCCCUCGCAGGAGGAGCUGGCAGCCGCCAAGCUGCAGAUCGGCGAGCUCAGCGGCAAGGUCAAGAAGCUGCAGUACGAGAACCGGGUGCUCCUCUCCAACCUCCAGCGCUGUGACCUCGCCUCCUGCCAGAGCACGCGGCCGAUGCUGGAGACGGACGCCGAGGCUGGGGACUCGGCCCAGUGUGUGCCCGCGGCCCUAGGCGAGGCCCACGGACCCCACACCGCCCGGCUCUGCAGGGCCCGGGAGGCCGAGGCGCUGCCGGGGCUGAGGGAGCAGGCCGUCCUGGUCAGCAAGGCCAUUGACGUCCUGGUGGCCGAUGCCAACGGCUUCACGGCCGGCCUCCGCCCGUAUCUGGACAACGAGUGUGCCGACUUCCGGCUGCACGAGGCCCCCGACAACAACAGCGAGGGCCCCAGGGACACCAAGCUGAUCCACGCCCUCCUGGUGCGGCUGAGCUUGCUCCAGCAGGAGCUCCACGCCUUCACGCGGAAGGCGGACUCGGUCCUCGGGGGCCCCAGCAAGGAGCAGCCCGAGCCCUUCUCGACGCUGCCCGCCUUGGGCUCCCAGGGACCCUCCAAGGAGAUUCUUCUUGCCAAAGACCUUGGCUCAGACUUCCAGGUGCAGCCACCUGACCUCAGGGACCUGCCGGAAUGGGAGCCCAGGAUACGAGAGGCCUUCCGCAGCGGCGACUUGGACUCCAAGCCCGACCCCAGCCGGAGCUUCAGGCCUUACCGAGCUGAAGACAAUGAUUCCUAUGCCUCUGAGAUCAAGGAGCUGCAGCUGGUGCUGGCCGAAGCACAUGACAGCCUCCGGGGCCUGCAAGAGCAGCUCUCCCAAGAGCGGCAGCUGCGGAAGGAGGAGGCUGAAAACUUCAACCAGAAAAUGGUGCAGCUGAAGGAGGACCAGCAGAGGGCACUCCUGCGGCGGGAGUUUGAGCUGCAGAGUCUGAGCCUGCAGCGGAGGCUGGAGCAGAAAUUCUGGAGCCAGGAGAAGAACAUGUUGGUUCAGGAGUCCCAGCAGUUCAAGCACAACUUCCUCCUGCUGUUCAUGAAGCUCAGGUGGUUCCUCAAGCGCUGGCGGCAGGGCAAGGUUUUGCCCAGCGAGGGGGAUGACUUCCUUGAGGUAAAUAGCAUGAAGGAGCUGUACCUGCUAAUGGAGGAAGAGGAAUUAAACGCCCAGCAUUCUGAUAACAAGACCUGCACGGGGGACAGCUGGACCCAAAACACGCCCAAUGAGUACAUCAAGACACUCGCCGACAUGAAGGUGACGCUGAAGGAGCUAUGCUGGCUGCUUCGGGAUGAACGCCGUGGUCUGACUGAGCUUCAGCAACAGUUCGCCAAGGCCAAGGCCACCUGGGAGACAGAGCGGGCAGAGCUCAAGAGCCAUACUGCCCUGAUGGAGCUGAAGGCUGGGAAGGGGGCUGGGGAUCGGAUGGGGCCCGACUGGAAGGCAGCCCUGCAGAGGGAGCGGGAGGAGCAGCAGCAGCUCCUGGCUGAGUCCUACAGUGCGGUCAUGGAGCUGACGCGGCAGCUACGGAUCAGCGAGCACAACUGGGGCCAGGAGAAGCUGCAGCUGGUGGAGCGGCUUCAGGGGGAGAAGCAGCAGGCGGAGCAGCAGGUAAAGGAGCUGCAGAAUCGCCUGAGCCAGCUGCAGAAGGCUGCUGACCCUUGGGUCCUGAAGCACUCAGAUCUGGAGAAGCAGGACAACAGCUGGAAAGAGACACACAGUGAGAAGAUCCACAACAAGGAGGCUGUUUCUGAAGCUGAGCUUGGGGGAACCGGCUUAAAGAGGACCAAAUCGGUUUCCUCCAUGUCAGAGUUUGAAAGUUUGCUGGACUGUUCCCCCUACCUCGCAGGGGAAGCCGCCCGGGGCAAGAAGCUGCCCAACAGCCCUGCCUUUGCCUUUGUGGGCCCCCAGCCAGUGGACCCGGAGAAGGCUGCCCCGGAACAGCCAGGGCUCUCGCCACGUGACUGCAACCGCCUGGGUGCCCUGGGCUGCCAGGAGCCGGCGGGGAGGCAGAUGCAGCGCAGCUACACGGCUCCCGACAAGACGGGCAUCCGCGUCUACUACAGCCCCCCGGUGGCCCGGCGCCUGGGCGUCCCCGUGGUCCAUGACAGGGAGGGCAAGAUCAUCAUCGAGCCCGGCUUCCUCUUCACCACAGCCAAGCCCAAAGAGUCGGCCGAGGCGGAUGGGCUGGCGGAAAGCUCCUACAGCCGCUGGCUCUGCAACUUCUCCCGGCAGCGCCUGGACGGGGGCUCCGGGGGCGGCCCCUCGGCGGCCGGGCCCGGCUUCCCAGCGGCCCUGCACGACUUUGAGAUGUCGGGCAACAUGAGCGACGACAUGAAGGAGAUCACCAACUGCGUGCGCCAGGCCAUGCGCUCGGGCUCGCUGGAGCGGAAGGUGAAGAGCACGUCCAGCCAGACGGUGGGCCUGGCCAGCGUGGGCACGCAGACCACCCGCACGGUCAGCGUGGGCCUGCAGACCGACCCGCCCCGCAGCAGCCUGCAUGGCAAGAGCUGGUCGCCCCGCAGCUCCUCGCUGGUGUCCGUGCGCAGCAAGCAGAUCUCCUCCUCCCUGGACAAGGUGCACUCGCGCGUCGAGCGGCCGUGCUGCUCGCCCAAGUACGGCUCGCCCAAGCUCCAGAGGCGGUCCGUGUCCAAGCUGGACGGGGCCAAGGACCGCAGCCUGUGGAACCUGCAUCAGGGCAAGCAGAACGGCUCGGCCUGGGCCCGCUCCACCACCACGCGGGACAGCCCCGUGCUGAGGAACAUCAACGAUGGGCUGUCCAGCCUAUUCAGCGUGGUGGAGCACUCGGGGAGCACCGAGUCCGUCUGGAAACUGGGCGUGUCCGAGGCCCGGGCCAAGCCCGAGCCUCCCAAGUAUGGCAUCGUGCAGGAGUUCUUCCGCAACGUGUGUGGCCGGGCGCCAAGCCCCACGUCCGUACCCGGGGAGGAGGGCGCCAAGAAGCUGGAGCCCAUCUCCCCCGCCAGCUACCACCAGCCGGAGGGCAUGGCCAGGAUCCUGAACAAGAAGGCAGCCAAGUCAGGUGGCAGCGAGGAGGCCAGGCUUUCCAUGCUCCCCCAGAUGGGGAAGGAUGGGGUCCCUCGUGAUGGAGAUGGAGCCACGGUCCUUCCCAAUGAGGAUGCCGUGUGUGACUGUAGCGCCCAGUCUCUCGCCUCCUGCUUCGCCCGGCCAUCCCGCUCUGCCAUCCGCCACUCUCCUUCCAAGUGCAGGCUGCACCCUUCAGAGUGCGCCUGGGGUGGGGAGGAGAGGGCAGCCCCCCCCAGCGAGUGACAGAGCAGCCAAGCUCCCCACUUCAACCAGCCCAGUCCCUGGACAGCCAAAGGGAACCCGCGGAGAGGAGACGAGGUGAGGGGCCCGCGCCCCCUGCAUCUCUCGCCCAGGAGGGCCAGCAGCUGCACCACCGCCGCAGAAGAGCUUUCCCAUCCAGGUAAAGCGGGGCCUCCUGCUGACUGCUGGGUGGCGAUCUCUGACUUCCCAGGGGAAGGCAGCGAGUGGGAGAACGACCAAAACUGGGCUUCAGAAGCAUCUCCAGAGAGAUCCCGUGGGAGCUGAUCCCUGGGUCAUAAGGGAGAGCCUUGCCUGGUUCUAGCCACACCCACUUCUCAGAGGAGCCAAGGAAAGGAUACACUUCCGGCCAUGCCCCUCAGGGAAAAGGGCUCACAGAGACGUUCCCUGCCAACCACAUCCCUCUUCAUGGGGAGGAAACACCAAUGAGAAGAACAGGCUUUGCUCUAGGGCUCAACUUGGGGUUCUUGGUGGAGCUGAAAUGGGCAUCACCCCGUCCAUUUUUUCCCUCCACCGCCUCCUCCUCCCAGCCCUGCUGCUCUGGAUUGCUGUGGCUCUAGGGGAUAUGAUAGGGCAGUAACCAGGGUCAAGUAUCUGCUUGGAAUCCUGGAGCCCUGGAUCUCCCUGCCCGUAGCUUGGAUGCAGCAAGGACUAGAAGACGAGGGGCUCAGGGUAGGGGAGCCACUGGAACUGCCUUUCUUGCCAAGGUGACGUGGGGGGCCCCAACCUUCCCAGGAGACUCCUUGAGGACAGAAAUAGGUAAAGUCCAUCUCAAGACCUGGUGCACAGAUAAAUACAUGCCUAAUUGCCCACUGCCUUGAUCGCUGGGGUCUCUUUCCCUGGCACCCUGGAGGGGCACCACAUCUCCACUGUGUUUACAUCCUGCAGCUGGUGGAGGGCAAAGACGUUCCCAGUAAGAGACUCCCAGAUGGCCAGGUCAGGCCGAGGAGCAUUCUGAGAGGCCAGUGCCCCAGGACAUGGCAAUAGACUGGGGCCUGGAAACACAUUUCUUGCCUAGGUUGUUUAUUUGAAUUUUUCUUACUAUAAAUAUUUAAGGUGGUUUUACUUUAUUUUAAUAAUUUAACUUACCCCAAAGCCCCUAAGGUAAUUUAUUGGAGGUUGAUACAUGUACUCUCGCCACUGGGACAAUGCAAGGCUUUAAGACGAUGGACAGGCGCAGGGUCCCCUGUGUGGAUGAGGCAACUCAGCAGCCGAGCUCUGGUCUCCAGGUCAGCUUUGGAGGGCCCCCCAGCAAAGCUGGAGCCCUGCAGCCUGCUCCCCCAAAACUGCUGACCCUUUGGCCUCAGAGCACCACUUUACACUCAAUACCCGGUACUUGCCCAACCCCCAGCCGUGAGUCUGUAAAUGCUCACAGACAGGGUGGAGGGCUGGACCACUUCCUAAACAUUCUCCGUUUUCUUACUCAUUUUCCUCCCUCCCUCUGACACCUUUUUUGUUUCAAUGAGUCAAACACGGAUUACUAAGGCUUUAUCAAGAGCAUGGAGAUCUCUCCAAGUUCCCCAAGUGAGAACUCGCAGGAAAACAGGACUGAACUUCGAGAAUGUUGUUUAUUGCAGCUUUGCACAUGGAUCUGAGAGUGUCUGCCAGCCUGCCUCAGUUCACACCAGCCUGCCAGCUUUUUCACCAGCCUCUCUCCUUAGCCUUAUGGGCUCUCCUGGCUCGCCUCCCAGCCCCAACUCCACUGCCCACCCUUCCCCAUGUCCCAUGUGAGCUGCCUGAGCCAUCGGAUGGAUUGCACCUUGGCUCAUUGCAGUGUGGUGAUGGGGGAGGUGUACUCAGAUGGCCUCCCCCUUGGUGCCAGUGAACCCGUUUUGUUUACACACAUGCCCACACAUCUGCCUGUUACAGGCUAGGGGCUCAGAGUGGAAACACCAGGAUAAAGUGGCUUAUCUGUGAAUUUGCCAUCAGGAAGACCAAAAGCCAGCAGCUUGGCUAAUUUGCUCCCAGGACUCAGGAGAUGCCUCUGCGCUCCCAUCCACCAGCUCCCGGUCUUGCCCUUUCUGGGGCACCUGGACCAGUUACCCAAAUUCCUUCAUCGCCAUUCCCUAUCAGCAGAACUUGGGGUUACGUUAGUGCAAGCAGCCACUUCCUCAUGCUAUAGUGACCUGUGUGGGCAGAGCAGGCAGGCUGAUGGAGCCAUGGGCCAAUCCCCUCUAGGAUGCCACUGCUCCCACCCAAGAGGUCAGGGGUCCCCUCCAAGGUUAUCUCCAAGUGAGGGGAUUCACACAAGGCCACAAGCCACCAGAGGCCUCUGGCACUUCCCAGAGCUGCAGAGGGCCAGGGAGGCUGUGCUUCUAGCCUUGGGGAGAAAUCCUCGUGAGACCUGAACCCUGCGGACCGCUCAGCCUUACCGUCGUUCUCACCCAAGAUUGUCCUUGCAUUCUCAUUGUCUUAGAGCCUGGCCACCCAGCCCUCAGCCAGUGUCAGAGACCCCAGAUCUUGGUUUUCAAUAAAGUCCCAGUUUCUGCUUCCUGCAUGCCACUGUGCAAGCUCACUCAUCACUGUUCCUACAGAAGCCUCUGGACGUGGGGCUUGAUGGGGUUGAAAAUGUUACGUGUAAAUAUUGGUUUGGUUUGAUUUUUAGCAUUUUAAUUAGUAACGGUUGUGUUUUCUUUUUUGGGGUGGGGGGUUGGUUUGUAAAAACUCUCUACUCUUUUGGAAUGUAAUUUCUAAGUUUGUUUCUUCAAAUGCCUUUUUAAGUCUUGGUAACAUUCCCAAAGCAGAAAACUGCCUGGCCCUCUGUGGGGACUCCCCUGGAGCAUUGGGUCCCAGGAAGGAACACUGCCCUUUCCCCCUUUCUUCCCCUUCCUGCUACCCCUUACCUUUUUACUCCUAGCAGCUUCUUCUUCCUUCUCUUCCUCCUCCUCCUCUAGCCUUCUUUUUCCUUUCCCCAUCUCUAUUCUCUGCAGCCAAAGUCCCAAGGAACCCUGGGGUCCUAAUUCCCUACAGACCCCUAGGCUUGGAUCCAUUGUGUUGGCACCAGUUGGUUGAGGGGAAAUGGGAGACCAGUUGGCAUGGUUGACCCCAAACUGGACGAUCUUGUGUUUCCUAUGUCUGACCUCUUCCCAGAGCCAAAUUAAACCCUCCUGGGGGCAAUGACGUCUGUAUUUGAAAUGAAAGUCGAACCGCUUUGGCGCAUCGGUGUCCUGCAUGCACAAAGCAUCAGUAUCCAAGUCCCUGUCACCCUGGCAGCCCUUCCCCGCCCCCUGCUAAUUCUUUCCCCACCAAAGGCUGACCAAUUUUAAAAACUCCUCCAAGAGGUCUUGCUCAAAAUGGCCCCGCCCCUUGGUCUCCCCAGGGACGCCCUUCUACCAGCUGCUCUCCCAGGUGACAAAGUUGAGGGCCCAAGACUUGACCCUCUUACACCCUAAUUGCCACAUGGCUCCCUCUUGCCUGCCCCCAUGCACCUUUCAUGGUUUUGUCACCCGGCCUGUUCUCCUCUUGCCCAUCCAACUUCCAGGCCCUUCCUCCCUCUCCUCUCCCAUCUAGAAUGUCCUCCCCACCCCAGCUUUGCCAGCCUUCCAGCCCCACCAGCAUCACCCCCCACCCACCCUGUACACCCCUCCUAGAGCACGUUGCUAUUUAGAAAUUGCUUCCCCAUGCCACAUCUCCUUCAGACUUCUAAGGGCCAACUCUGGGAGGCAACCUUGGCAGGAUAGGGGUUAGUGCUCCCAUUUUACAGAUGAGGAAACUGAAGUGCAGGUCUCAUCCCUGAGUCACCUAACUGGGAAGUCAUCAAGUUUAGACUAGAGCCUGGGUCUACUGGAUCCCCCAACCCAACUCUGUCCUGCUUGCUGUGUCAACCCACUGCCCCACUGGGGGCUUUGUGUGGGUAUAGGACACCAAGAAUAUGCCACUGCCCAACCCAGACAUAAAACCAGUCCACUCUGAAUCACUGGACCCGUGUGUCCCAGAGGGUGGUGUGGUGACCCCCUGCAUCAGAAUCCUCUUAGGGCAUGUCCAAAAUGCAGCUUCCUGGGACCCGCCUCAGCCUCUGGGCCAGGAAUCCGCGUAUCUAACAAAUUCCCAGGGAGAUCCUGAGUACCAGUGGCCACACCAUUGAGGUUCACAGCCCUGACCGUUAGGCCAUCUAUUUUUAACCAGAUAACCAUGAUGUUAUAUCUUAAAAAGAGCACUGAGCUGGUAAUUAGGGGACCUGGUCCUCAAGCCAGCUCUGAUUUGGGUUAAUUAUGCUGAGAAUUUCCAAAAAGCACUGGAGGCAAUUUACAAUCUUAGUCAUAAGGAUCAGUAAGACAACAGAAAAAAAAGAAAGGAACUUUCUUGGCGGUCCAGUGGUUAAGACUCUGUGCUUCCACUGCAGGGGUUACAGGUUCGAUCCCUGGUUGGGGAACUAAGAUCCCGAAUGCCUCGCGGCACAGCCAAAAAAACAAAAAAACAAAGAAAGUCAAAAAGCAAGAGGAAUUAUCAUUCCCCAAAUCUAUCUGACGUGAUUCCCAUAAUCCUGCAAUUAAAUUUUACUCUUGGGCUUCCCUGGUGGCUCAGUGGUUAAGAAUCUGCCUGCCAAUGCAGGGGACACGGGUUCGAGCCCUGGUCUGGGAAGAUCCCACAUGCCGCGGAGCAACUAAGCCCGUGAGCCACAACUACUGAGCCUGCGCGUCUGGAGCCUGUGCUCCGCAACAAGAGAGGCCGCGAUAGUGAGAGGCCCGCGCACCGCGAUGAAGAGUGGCCCCCGCUCGCCACAGCUGGAGAAAGCCCUUGCACAGAAACGAAGACCCAACACAGCCAUAAAUAAAUAAAUAAAUAAAUAAAUAAAUAAAUAAAUUUAUUAAAAAAAAAAAAAAAUUUUUACUCUUGAGUUUCCUGGCAGCCGCAGUAAAAAGGGAAGCACAUCACGGUAAAAAGGGAAGCAUGUCAUCAUCCAGUCAUGGGAUGUAACCAUAGUUGCCCCAGGAGACAAACUCUUCUGCUGCUAAUUUCGAGCAUGUGUCCUUCCUUCAAAGUCCACUAAGCCGGUUGCAGUGUGAACCUAAGAUGCAAAGACGGUUUCCAGGUCACUAUUUUUAAGAUAAUAAUAAACGGCCACCAACUUGAACGACCUUGGCCCCGGAGCAUGUGGCUAGUCUGUACCUCAGUUCCUCCAGCUAUAAAGUGGGAGAAUGUCCUUGCAUGGCUGUGCUGAGGACCAAAUACAGUACUGUGCCUGUGAAUACGCCUGGGAAAGCAUAAGGUUCUACACCCAUGGAAAGUGGUCUGAUCACACUCAUUGUUCCCACACCAGCCUCCUGGUGCCCUGGCCCUAGGGGUGAUACACCCCUCACUAGUCUUAGUGAAUAGAAAGAAAAAUAAACUGGACCUACCCCCUCACUUUUUAAAAAAUUGUGGCAAAACAUACAUAAGACAUAGCCAUUUUUAAGUGGCUUUAAAUACGUUCACAAUGUUGUAUUGAUACACUCUCCACUUCCAGAACUUUUUAUCACCCCAAACUGAAACUCUAUACCCACUAAACAAUAACUCCCCAUCCCUCCCCCCCAGCCCCUGUAACCUCUGUUCUACUUUCUGUCUCUAUGAAUUUGCCUAGUCUAAGCACCUCAUAUAAGUGGAAUCAUACAUACAGUGUUUGUCCUUUUGUGUCGAACCCCCUCACUUUUUUGGAUGAGGAAUCAGGCCCAGAGAAGGGAGAGAGUGACUCACCCAAGGUCAGACAGCAGGUUAAAGGCAGAAUCAGGACCAGAACCCAGGCUUCCUGACUCCCAUCAGGUUCUGCAUCCUGAGUGGUGAGUGAGACACCCCCCACCUACCAUUCCGUGGUCUUGGUUGAACCCCUUCCUCUCUCUGGGCUCAGUCUGUUCGCUCCCCACUGCCCACCCAUCCUCUCUUUUAUCAUCUUCCUCCAAAGCUUCCCCUCCUCCUGCCUCCUCUUCUCCAGCUGAUUCCCACCAGCAGACUGAGUGGCCCUGACCCAUGGCCAGGUUUUCCUCUUCUGAGCCCCAGGCUUCCUGGUAGCACCCAUCCCUCAGCCCUCCCAGAACGGCUUCCCCAGCUCCACUCGUCUCCCGUGGAUUUCCCUGUAACCUCAGCAAACCCCUCCCUGUCCCCUCAGCCUCACAUACCCAUCCUCCCGUGUCUGUGGUCUCCCAACUCCAGAUGUUUGCUUGCAGAUCUGGUUGUAUUCCCUGGGUUCUGUUUUAUUUUGUGUUUCCUCACACCGAAGGGGGAACCUUUCCCCAGUGCCUCAGGCUGGGCUUGGCCCCAGUGACCACACCCCCAAGCCCAGAAAGACAUCCCCCCAUCCCACCCUUGAGCCCCAUUUUCUUCUGUCCACGGCCUCCCGGCAAGACCCCAACACUUUCCACUGGGAAUUGGGGGGGAGCUUGGAUCCCCCAUUUUGGCCUCCUCUAUCCUGCCCAGUCCCACAUGGCCUUGUUUGGAAAGUAGAUACAGCCUGGCUUGGGUUCUUCUCUCCCUGGCCAUCCGUCCAUCUGUCUGUCCAUUUGACAUCCCUCAUACUCUCCACUCUCCCCUGGACCUCACGGCCUCUGGAACAGGUUGCCCUGGCAGAACCUGUAGCCCACCCUGGCAAAACCUGUAGCCCACCCUGGCACUACCCCUUACCCCUCCCAACAGUGUUUGCAAAGUCCACAGACCCAAGAACGGAAGGGGACUGGUGACAUGAUGCUGGGCCUGAGUCCCCUGCCCAGGGCUCUUCCCCACCCCUCCUGCACUCUUCUUGGACCCUACCUUGUGUAUCCCAUCAGCCCUACUCCACUCCCUUCCUGCCCUUCACUAGCCCCCUGGACCCCAGGGUCUAAGGAAAGGAGCUUUGGUUUCCCCUAAGUAUCCUUGAAGGGCCGAAGUCGUCAGGGCCUGGCCACCUUGUCACUCUCCAUUCUGAUACCACUCAAACUGCUCCCAUGAAAAGGAACCUCAGCCAGGAGUCUGGAGACCUGGCCCAGGAGGUGUCUUAACUUCUCUGUGUUUGGCUGGUUGUAUGAUUUUAUGAUAAGCACGAGGAUGAUCCUUAGGGCCCCAGAGCACCCCUCACGUUUUGGAGUCCUGCAUCACCAUCCUCUGUCCACUGGGCCCUGGUAUCCUGGCUCCUCUCAGCUCCGCCACUGAUCUCUGUGCCUUAGUUUACUUCUCCGCACAGGGGGGCUCACCACAAGUCUGUUCCCAGCAGCUUCCCAGAUAUUUUGGUGCCUCUAAGGCAGGGCCUUACCAGCUGUUGCCCAGCUCCCUGGCACUGUCUUGGGGCACCAGGUUGCUGAGGAUGAGAUGCCUGGAGGUUCUCAAAGAAGCAGAAGCAUCACCUGGGCACUUGAUAGACAUGCAAAGUAUUGGGCCCACUCAAGACCUAUGGAACAGAACCUUGCGGGGCGGGGGAUGGCCAGCAAGCUGGGGUUUAACAAGCCCUCCAGGUGAUUCUGAUGUACACAGGAGUUUGCCACCUGCGGAUCUGGACCAGCAAAUAGUGUGGCCUGGUGAGGGACUGAGGCUGGCCCUGACCAGGAACAGGAAACACCAAUCUCAUCUGGACUCCUGAGAGAUUGCGAACCCUCCCUGCCCCUACCCAAAGCAAAACAAAACUAAGUUCUCCUCUUCCUGGAAACUGGGGGGCUGGGAGAAGGCAUACAUUUUUCCUUUCCCUGCCCCUGGCUUGUUUCCAGUUCUACCCACUUCUCCUACUUGUCUGGGUUUUACAAAAGAUUGUGUAGGGUUGUGCCAGCCAGGCAGCAGGUGGGCGUCCUGGUGGGGGUGGGGGCGGGAGACAAAAGACCCUGACCGUUUAUCCCUUGGGAACCUCACCAUAGGCUUAUGGCCUCUCUUCAAAUGGAAAGAAACAACUCCUCAAAGAAAGACUCCUAAAUCCCCAGUGAGCUCCUCCUCCUCCUUCUCUCACCUCUAGGGAGACCUUGUAGACAGUGCCAAAAAACAGCUCCAACCCCCAGCAGCUGGGGAAGAGAGCCAGAAGCUGUCCCUCCUCCUCAUCCUGGCCCCCCUCCCCAAACCCCGCCAAUACUGUGAAGCCCCCUUCCUGACCAUCCUGGUUUCCUGGUGUGGACCCUGCAGCUGUGGGCCCUCAGGGUUCCCCAGGGAAAGGCCUUUGGGAGGGAAGGGACUAAGGGCAUCCUUGGGCCAAACCGUCCACCUCUCCUGUCCGCUGUUUCUCCUCCCCACUCCUGUCUUCAAAAGGCUCUUUCCCAGGAUGGAUUGGGUGCUAGGACAACCAUGGUCUAAUCCGCCAGCUCUCCUUGCCCCCGUGUCUUAUUUCAGACAUGAGAAUAACUGUACAGUGUAAACUUACAAAGCGUUUUUAAUGGUUGUAGAUUGGAAAUAAAGUAUGUCAUAUGAACAGUU